AAACAUGUUCCCAGACAACUUAAUAGCAACUUGUUUUAACGCGUAUCGAACUAAAGAGACGGUUACGGAAAUUCUAUACGAAGAUGAGACUUUGCCCAACAUCAAUCAGACAUCGAUUUUUAAUGAGACUUCACAUUCGAUAUUCAAUGAGACAUCAAAUGAAACUGCUGAGAAAAGGUACAACAUAGAGUUAAAAGAUGGAGGAACGGGCAAACCAAACGUACUGGGAAUCGUCAUGUUCUCCAUCUUUUUCGGAGUCAUGCUUGGCAGAAUGGGAGAAAGAGGAAAGCCCAUUCUGGCUUUUUGUGACUGUCUGGUUGAGGUGACAAUGAGACUGUUCACUGUAUUUUUGUGGUACUCUCCAAUCGGCAUUGCUUUCCUUAUCGCAGCAAAAAUCGUAGAAAUGGAAGAUUUCUCAGUUCUACUGGGGAAAGUAGGCAUGUACUUUGUCACAGUCAUCAUUGGCCUGGCCAUCCAUGGGUCAAUUCUCCUGCCGUUCCUCUACUUCAUAAUGGUGAGAAAAAACCCUUACACAUUUAUCUACGGGAUCUCUCAGGCCUUGGCUACAGCUUUCGGGACCUCGUCCAGCUCAGCUACCAUGCCAGUCACGUUACGUUGCCUGGAACACAACAAUCAUGUGGAUGCCCGAGUGGCCUCCUUCGUCAUUCCCGUGGGGGCGACCAUCAACAUGGAUGGUACCGCCUUAUAUGAAGCUGUUGCUGCUCUGUUUAUCGCACAAGUCAAUAAUGUGAACAUGAACUUCGGACAAAUCAUUACCAUAAGUAUCACAGCCACUGCAGCUUCCGUGGGUGCCGCCGGUGUCCCUCAGGCUGGUCUGGUCACUAUGGUGAUAGUGUUGGCAGCUGUGGGACUUCCUAUUGAAGACGUAACGCUCAUUCUGGUCGUGGACUGGUUCUU